AUGAGUGGAAAACGAUCUAAAUCUCCCGUUAGUGAGAACACUCUGAUAAACAUUGUUCAAACUGCUGGUUUGAAUUUCCGAAGUGACAGUGACUCCGAACAUUCUUCUAAUGUAGAUAGCAGUGAUUCUGAUCAACAAUCUAGCAAUGAUUUCAUAGAUGACACGGACGAGGAUCCUAAUUAUGAUCCUUAUCAACCAUCAACCUCAACAGGACUUCAACGAGGUAAAAUAAAAUUACCAAUUAGCAGCCGUAACCAGCCUGAUGUGUCAUCAUCUGACUCUGAGGUAGAUGAAACUCCGCCUAGGCAUAGGCCAAAUCUAUCAGUUCCAAAGCGUCGUAGGCGUUGUACAGUUAGUUUGGAAAGAACUGGGGCUAGUCAAAAUGUCCCACAAAACGAUACAACUGAUAAUCAAAAUGUUCCACAAAAUGAUCCAGCUGACGAUGAUGAUAGUAGUUGGGACGAAGUAGAGGAAGGCAAUGAUCCACCUUACAAUCACCAAUUUACAUUUUCUGAAGUAAGUGGACCUAAACACUGCCCUCCACAAAACUCGAAACCUAUAGAGUACAUAAAACUGUUUUUUACAACUGCAAUUUUGAAUGUUUUUGUUACUGAGACAAACAGGUAUGCUAGGAACUACAUUGCUGACAAUGAGCAGACCUUAUCGCCUUUCAGUCGAGUCAGAAAGUGGGUAGAUGUUACCCUAGCUGAGAUGAAAGCUUUUUUGGCAAUCAUACUGAACAUUGGCAUGAUCAACAAGCCUAGUAUUGCCAGCUAUUGGGAUACCCAUUUCACACAAUCCACUCCAUUUUUUGGCAAAGUGAUGACUUCAAAUAGAUUCAUUUUGUUAUUAAAAUUUUUCCACAUUGUAGAUGUCACUAAACUAGUCCCUCACGGAAAUCCUGGGUAUGACCCUUGUGGUAGGUUUCAACCUAUAAUCGACCAUGCAAACCGGGUGUUCAAGCUUCAUUACAAGCCAACUAAAGCCCUAUCUGUAGAUGAGUCUUUGGUGGGAACUAAAAAAACGAAUUGGACUUACUCAGUACCUGCCAAAAAAAAAAAACACCACAAGUGGGGAAUUAAAUUGUGGGUCCUUUGCGAUUCAAUAACACACUACUGUGUAUCUUUUUACUGUUAUAAAGGAGCUCAAAGAUCAGAAGAAAAUGAAAGAGUUGUUGAGACGGGUUUGGGAGGCACAGUUGUAAUGACCUCGCUAAGAAUGGCAAAUUGUUUGGGGAAAGGGCACCAUAUGUUUCUUGACAACUUUUUUACUUCAAUUGCACUUGCUAGAACUUUGUACAGUCACCAAACUUUUGUUACUGGAACUAUUAGGAAAGACAGGAAAGGUAUACCUAAACAGUUAUUGGGAAAGUAUGCUGUUGGUCAAAAGACCUAUGUAAGGAAAGGCCCAAUGCUCAUUAUGGCGCAUAGGGAAAAAAAGAGCAACUCCUCUCAAUUUUUAAUCUUAUCAACUGACUGCCAGGCUGCUUCUGACACAUACUCUAUUAGAAGAAGUGGUCGUCUCCUUAUAAAGACUAAAACUAAAAUUGCCCAUCAAUACAACCGUGGUAUGGGUGGUAUCGAUUCCACUGACCAAAUGUUGUAUGUAUAUAUGGAUGAACGUAGAACUAUGAAGCACGCAAAAAAGGUUAUAUUUAAUCUUUUUGGCCGCAUGGUGCUAAACGCAUUCAUCCUAUACAAAUUGAAUACCACCGAACGGCGGCUACGUAGAUCUGAUUUCAUGAAGGAAAUUGUGGGAGAACUUGCCUCAUAA